ACUUUUGUAAAUUGUUUUGGUUUCCCAACUGGUUUGUCAGAGUUUGUCUCUAUUUUGUUUUAAUUGAGGUCACAGGCCUCCCUUUUAUCUCUGAGACACUUAGGCAAUUAAACCUGAUGAAUAAUAGCUCACACAAAAUCAAAAUGUCAUUAAAAUAAAUGCUAAGUGCGCUAACGUUAUUAUUUCAAGUGCUUUCAGUUAGUAAUCCGCCCAUUUCACAGUCAUAAUGGAACCUUCUCCCCAAGCCAGUUUCCUCCAUAAUAAAAUGGAAAAUCUCUCGUUAAAAUCAGCAAAACAAGAAAAAGUCUCUCACGUUCCAUCUAAAGCGGAACCGGCGGUACCUUAUCAACAAACUGACUCCUCAGAUUCCAAUUACUCACUUUAUGAAAGACAAAAUGUGAUAAUGAGUUCGAAAUAUGCCGCCCCUAAACAUUUACAAACUCUACUGGAUCAUAAAAUGAAGUCGGAAGAAGAAAAUAAUGUGUAUGUCCAAGUGGCCAAGCCCCAAGUAGCCCAAGAUAUAAAUUGUGGCGAUCAGAAUAGCAUGGGAGAAGGUAAUUGUGGACCAGUAUAUGAGAAUAUUGGUUAUUACAUUGGUGGGCACAAUAAAAAGGCACAGCCUCAAGUUCCUUCAAAUAAAGGCUAUAGUGGUGAUGGACCAGUAUUGUAUGAAAAUGUACAAGGAUACUUUAAUAAAUCUACAAGGGCCCAACCUGGUCCCCAAGUUCCACCUUCCCAUCAAUACCACUCGAUGCCAGAGCCUCAACAUGGGGUUUACUCAGUUAUGCAUCCGCCCAAGGCUCAAAAUGCAUCUGUUUUAAAAGGCAGCCCCAUCAAAUCUCCCACUUAUGGGGCCAUAAACAAACUUACCGCCCAAAUGAUCGAUGAGAUUAACGGAAGUGAUUAUGUUUGCAUGACUGGCGGGAAUGUAUCCCAAACUUUAAGCACCACUAAUAUGCAGUUUCAAACUAGUUCUGCCAAAAGUUAUGAUAGGUCUCCAGCCACCGGUAUAGCCCUGAGCCCGACAAAAAAACUCUCCCCAGUAAAAGAGGCAAAAAGGCCGAUAAUCGAAAAAGACAAACGUCCUUCUCCUGCCCCUAGUCCCACUCCCAGUAUAGCAAGCAGCGUCGGUAACUCUGGCAAACUAAAGUUCAGCGGGAAAAAUCUGUUGCCCUACAGCGUUACGCCUCCGAAGCCCCGCGGGCCUACAGAGGCCCAAAAAAAAAUCGAGGAAAUGACCAGACAAAUUGAGGAGGAAAUGGAGAGGCACGAGGAUGAGGGAGAGUAUUUUGGAAUCUGUCAUACCUGCAAGGAAAAGGUCACGGGAGCGGGCCAAGCGUGUCAGGCGAUGGGAAACCUGUAUCACACGAAUUGUUUUAUUUGCUGCUCCUGCGGACGGGCUCUACGCGGGAAAGCUUUCUAUAAUGUCCACGGCAGGGUUUACUGUGAAGAAGAUUACCUUGUAAGCGACAAUCAGCCUCAAUAUUCGGGAUUCCAACAAACGGCCGAGAAGUGCGCCAUUUGCGGACAUCUAAUCAUGGAAAUGAUUCUUCAGGCGAUGGGUAAAUCGUAUCACCCCGGAUGUUUCCGGUGUUGCGUGUGCAACGAAUGUUUGGACGGCGUUCCGUUCACCGUCGACGUUGACAAUAAGAUUUAUUGCGUCAACGAUUAUCAUCGCAUGUUCGCUCCCAAAUGCUCGGCAUGCGGUAAAGGGAUAACCCCAGUAGAAGGCACCGAAGAAACCGUCCGGGUGGUGUCCAUGGACAAAGAUUUCCACGUGGACUGUUACGUAUGCGAGGAAUGCGGAAUGCAAUUAACGGACGAACCGGACAAACGCUGUUAUCCGCUGGACAGUCGUUUGUUUUGUCGCACGUGUCACAUUCAACGGUUAAACCAUACGCCGCGACAUCUACAACCGGUUGCUGCUACUUACCAGUACAGUGGCUAAGCCAGUACUUCCCCUUUCAAGUUCUCUCUAUAUUAUAAGUACAUACAUAUAUAUUGUUCAGUAUAUAGGUAAGGUUAUUAUGUAAGAUAAACAGCUGAUUAUAUACAACAUGUUUAAUUGCCAUUUGUGAUAUUUCUUGCAGCGGUACGCGGUGUAGGUAAUUCCUUAUAUAUUAUGUUCGCUUCAUUGUUUUUGCUAUAUGAUUUUUAUAUACUUUUAAUAAAUAUAUAAGAUAUACAAAGAUAA